AUGUCGGAAAAAAAGACACUUGGCGAGGUCGCAAUUGUCACAACCCCGGACCUGUCCACUGGAGAAGUGGAGAGCCAGGGCUUCGACCAUGCUGCUACUAAGAAGCUGCUACGCAAGCUCGACUGGCACAUCAUCCCCUUUAUGUCACUCAUCUACUUACUAUGCUUUCUAGACCGAACCAACAUAGGCAAUGCACGCCUCGACCACCUCGAGCAAGACCUUAAACUUCAUGGCCUACAAUACAACGACUGCCUUGCCGUUCUUUUCCCGUUCUACAUCGCUGCUGAGAUUCCCUCGAACAUAAUGAUGAAGCGCAUCCGGCCUUCGAUUUGGCUGACGUUCAUCAUGUUCUUUUGGUCCGCAGCGAUGAUAUGCCAGGGGUUCGUGUCGAAUUACUCUGGACUCAUGGCUACACGUGUGUUCCUCGGCGUCUUUGAAGGCGGACUUUUCCCUGGUGUUAAUUUUUAUAUCACGCAGUGGUUCGCACGGCACGAGUGUGGAUUUCGUAUGGCGUUGUUUUUCUCUGCUGCAACAUUGGCAGGCGCUUUUGGUGGCAUACUGGCUCGAGGCAUCGCCGAGAUGUCUGGUGUCGGCGGCCGAGCGGCAUGGUCGUGGAUCUUCAUCCUUGAAGGGAUUCUCAGCAUUCUGAUUAGUGUCGUAGCAUACUGGUGUAUCAACGACUACCCUGCGACCGCUACGUUCCUGUCUCCAGAAGAGCGCCACGAAGUUGAACGCCGCCUUCACAAAGACCAUGGUCACUUGUCUAAUGACUUCGACAUGAAGUAUGUCUGGCAAGCCAUCGGCGACUGGAAGAUAUACAUUUUCAUGUUCAUCUGCAUGGCAGGCUUCUGCCCGAUUUACAGUUUUGCUCUGUUCCUACCCACAAUCAUCAAGAAUAUGGGCUACACAGCCAACGACGCGCAACUAAUGUCCGUACCACCCUAUGUGUGCGCUUGUUUCUUUACCAUUGCGGCUAGCUGGUAUGCCGACCGAGUUCGCAAGCGCGGCGUCUUCCUCCUUGGCUUUCAGCUUAUUGCUAUCGCUGGGUUUUCGAUGCUUGCUGCGACUGCAAAGCCGAGCGUGCAGUAUGCUGGUACGGUUCUUGCUGCGAUUGGUAUCUACCCACAGAUUCCGCUGGGGAUGGCGUGGAACAGCGCAAACAUCGGUGGCAGUCUGAAGAGAGGGACAGGAAUUGCUAUGCAGGUCAUGGGCGGCAAUUGCGGCGGUAUCAUCGCGUCCUAUGUAUAUCUCAGCCGCGAUGGACCUCGAUUCAUCAAGGGUCACUGCCUGUUAAUCGCCAUUGUCGCUGUGGCCUUCUUCCUCACCCUCUUCAUGUCGACAUGGUGUCGUUUCGAGAACGCGCGACGAGAUAAGGUUGCGCAGGAGAUGGGCGUGCAGGAACUGACUGAGGAGCAGAAGUUACUGGAGCGGGAGCUUGCGGAUAACUUGCCGUGGUUCAGGUACACCACAUGA